CACGGUGUGACAUCAUUGCUUGGUCUCGGAUGAAGAACGAUUUCGUCUGGUUUCGUCACGAGAGUACGGUAUCAUUCGGCGGGAGCGACCUGAGGCAGGGUAGUGCAGCGUGACGUUGUGUGAGUGCGUGAGAGUGUACGCGUGUUGCACUCGGGCAUUGUGCGGGACAGGCCGCGAGAAUGACAGUCCGCUCGCUCGGGGAGGAACGGGUCGCGUGAAGGAGGAAUCGCCGACUUCGGAACCGUCAUCCAUAGAACAUAUGAUCGCGCUUGGGGCUGCGGGAGCGUGCCAAGGCUCAAACGUCAAACGCCGCGGAUUGCGUUUCCACUCGUGUCGACCUGACGUAUCCCAGCAGUAUCACGCGUCCUCACUCGGAGAUGAAGCGCAGCGUCGUCUCGCUCACGUGUCUGUAGUGGGAUUUCUUCGCGAGUAGUGUGCGAUCCGCGAGCGAAGGCAGUCCGGAGAACGAAGCGCAAGCGAAUAAACAUGAGUUCCGUCUGGAAACGCCUGCAGCGGGUGAACAAGCGUGCCGCGAAGUUCCAGUUCACCGUGUCCUAUCAUGAGGUCACGCUCGAGACGACGACGAAAUGGAAACCGAACAAGCUGAGCGUUGUCUGGACCAGACGCAGCAGAAGAGUCAAUUCAGAACCUUUAGACUGGGAGCCAAGUCUGAGCGAUCCACUGAAGGGUGUCAUCAGUUGGGCAGUUCCUGAUAAUCAUACAGUUUCCGUGACAUUAUUUAAGGAUCCAAGAACGCACGAAUUAGAAGACAAAGACUGGACAUUUGUCAUCGAAGAUGUGUCGUCAACAGGGAAGAGGCGCCAUGUCGCUGCCACUAAUAUAAACAUGAAGAAAUACGCCACUUUGGAAUCUAGUCAGCAACAGCUCAAAUUAGACUUGAAACCUACUUCUAAAAAGAUAGUUAGUGCUACACUGGAAUGUACUUUGUCAUGUGUAUUUCUGCGAGAGGGAAAGGCGACGGAUGAGGACAUGCAGAGUAUGGCGAGUUUAAUGUCGGUUAAUAAUAACAGCGAUAUUGCGCCAUUAGACGAUUUCGAUAAUGAGGAUAUACCCGAGGAUGUUGAGGAGGUAUCUGUGAAGAAUCUGGAUGAGAUUUUAGACAUUUCUGCACAGCUCGAUUUAAUGACAAGCAGCCUCACUGAGAGUGAAUUACCCAGCACUCCUAUAAGUGUGGCGAGUUUGUCGAAGGAUGACACAACUCCUGUAAAUGAUGGGGAGCACUUUAUACGCGACAUUAGUCUGACGGGAAUUGGAGAUCCUUUACGAGAGAAGUCACCUAUCAAAGACAGUGUUGCAGUUGAAAACGAGUAUGUGUUGUUUUAUCGUGUAAACAAAAACAUCGAGCAUAAUACAUUGAGACUACCACUGCAGCCGUUGGAUCUUAAAAAGAAUGACGGGAAUGUGCCGAGACUGAAGGAGAACACUCCUGGCCAAGACUUGUUGGAAUGGUGUAAGGAAGUCACUAAAGACUACCCGGGCGUCAAAGUCACCAAUUUGACGACAUCUUGGCGAAACGGAAUGGCGUUCUGCGCGAUCAUUCAUCAUUUCAGAUCUGAUCUGAUAGACAUCGACUCAUUGUUGCCGCACGAUGUGAAGGGUAACUGCAAGAAGGCUUUUGAUGCAGGCGAAGCUUUGGGCAUACCGAGAGUUAUAGAACCGGCGGACAUGGACAUAUUAACUGUACCUGAUAAAUUAGCUGUGAUGACGUAUUUGUAUCAGUUGAGAGCGCAUUUUACUGGCCACGAAUUGGAGGUACACCAAAUCGGCAAAACGACGAACGAGUCGUCUUACAUGAUCGGUAGAUUUAACACGGACAACAAUACAGACGUGAGCGUUCAGCUUUUCGGUCAAGAAAUUAUUAAUUUGCGGAAGAAGGAACAGAUCGAGCAGAAGAACAAUAAGACGGACAGUAACCGACGGUCGAAUCCAUUUGACAAUAAGAAGGACGACAUGUGCAUUGACUCGCUGAAAAACAAGCUGCACUUAAGUCUGACCACGGAUAAUCAGGAUCACGAUCAGUGUAACAAAGACAAAUCGCCGUCCAGCGUGAAGGAAGUCAAGGACAUCAUAUUGGCCAGCUCGAAGAGCAUUUUGGGCAAGGUGUUGUCACCGACCAAGGAGAAGUACUCGUCGAGAGAGAAGAGCAAGUCUCCGCCGAGAGUGCAACAAGCGCAGCAACGUCCGAUACUUAUGACCCGCCGGCAAUUAACCGAUCCGUUCGGCUCCGACGACGAAGAGGAGAACAUACAGAUAAUCGACGAGAAAUGCUCGCAAUCGAUCUCGAUUACCAAAUCGCAAAGCCCGGACUCCGUAAAUUCUGGCGAUAGAGGAAGUCGUGGUAGUUUCGAAUGUCAAGGUGCAUCGCCGCCGUACGGGGAACAACGUUCACAACACCCGUUAGUCAGCCGGCACGACGAAUUGCGAGAGCGAGCCAGACAACUGCUGGAGCAAGCCAGAAGCCAGACGAAGCCAGCCGGGUUCGUUUCCACUGCGAUCAGUCCCAUCGAGGCACAAAAUGACGACGAGAGGCAACAACAGUUGCGGGAAAGAGCGAGACGCUUGAUCGCGGAAGUAAAAAUGGGUGUGACCCCGAGCCAGAUCAAUGACGACAAUAGCAGCAGCGAUAGACGAUCGAUAGAUGAUCAGAAUAACAGUCCUAGACGUAGCAUAACGCCUUCGACACCUGGAGACAGACUCAGUAUAAAGUCCGAGUACAAUGGGAAUAUACUAGGGAACGCGAGUGUGAUAGAUGGAGAUAAGAAAACUGGUUCACCUUUAUAUUCUUUCUCCAAAAUCAUCGAGAGGAUCUCGCCCGAUAAAGGAAGCCCCGACAGAACACCAUAUACACUCCGCGGGCUGGGUAAAGACAUGACAUCGUAUAUCCAAAACGAGCUCGAGGCGCUCGAAAGGGAACAGAAUCAGAUAGAUAUACAGGCUGGUAAGCUGGAGAAGCAACUCAGAGCGGCCAUGGAAAGUGAUAACGAGGACGAAACGGAAAGACUGAUGUCCCUGUGGUUUACUCUCGUUAAUAAAAAGAAUGCACUUCUGAGAAGACAAAUGCAACUGAAUAUAUUGGAAAAAGAAGAUGAUCUUGAACGACGAUUCGAACUUUUAAAUCGCGAAUUAAGAAGCAUUCUCGCGGUAGAAGAAUGGCGUAAGACGUCCGAGCAAAAGAUGCGUGAGAAUUUGUUGUUGGAAGAAUUAGUGUCCAUUGUGAAUAAAAGGGAUGAAUUAGUACAUCAUCUUGAUACGCAAGAGAGAGCCAUCGAGGACGAUGACGAGAUAGAACGCGACUUAUCUCGCGCCGGGUUAGCUCAACGAAACAAAAAUUGCGUUGUGCAAUGAGGAGUUGAUUAUGUCUAUCACGAUUUUCCGACGCUGUUUUAAAGGCAUGACCGUUUUUGCUGUGGAGUUGCCAAAGAGUCGACAAAAUUAGACGGUGGAAAGUCAGAUGUGUCGUUUUAUGAUUUACGAGUGAAUCAUUUUUAGGGUCCCGUUUUUUUAAUAUAUAUUAUAGAUUGAUUCACCAAGCGCGAUAUUCCAUGUUUUGCUUUCAAUAUAAACUUGCCGGCUGACUAUUUGCAACGAGAUGAAGAAGAGACAGGAAAUUCAAUCGGCAGAUAUCGAGGCAAAUAUUAAAUAUAGAACGAUGUGCAAGAUUUUUUUGUAAAGUAUAUCGAGCACAAUGUUUAUUGUUAAGGUAUAAUAACUGUUUCGCCGUGUGCUUUGAGUGGAAUGUUGUACGAUUAAUACAGUCGCAUGCAAAUAGACGAAAUGAUACGCUCUGUGGAGUGAGCACUUUAUAUUGGAGUUAUACGAGACACUUUUCGAUUAGUAGUAAAGAGGAAGAAGAGACAUAAUAUUUCUUUUGUAAACAAGAGAUGUUCUGUGUUAGCGAAAGGACUACGAACAGGUAGCAUGAGGGAGCUCGAAGUGACAAGUUGGUAAUAGGGAUAUCUUUGUAAUGGCAGGGGUAAAUUGCUACCCUAUCACUAUUUAGGCGAGUCUCGAUAAAUCAUUGCGUGGGAAUGAACGCGAUAAGCAAUAUAAACAAAUAUAUCUCGCGCACCAUUACCGAUCCUAGAUCGAUUUGCGGAGGAUAGAUAAUCGAAGCGUUACGAAAGUAGAGAUAUCACGUCAGCGUUGUAUAUAUUUUUUCGGACUCGCGCAACGGUCGUUUCCAUUGAGCAUUCGCAUAUACUCUAAUUGUGCCAUAUAAGCGUUGACAAACUUUUUACACCGUACUCGAUGGGUUCGCUCGCCUUACGCGGAGAAAUAUGAUGAUUUUUAUCAGUGGUGUGCGUAAUCUUAAGAAGCGAAGAAAAAGCCAAUUCUUACACGGUGUGUUUGCGUAUAGGAUGUUGUUGUUGCGUUGGCUGUAGUUUUUUAAGAUCACAGCAUAAUAUUUUUUAAUGUUUCGGCAUGUAGAUAUGAUUGUCUCGCAAUGUCGUGUGAGAAGAAGAGAAAAGGAGAUAUGUUCGCUCAAAAUUUCCUCGUUUAGCGCUUAUUCGGCCUAAAGAUUUUCGCGACGCGGAGUUAAAAAGUACGACGAAUGCUCAUUAAAAAAAAAAAAGAAAGAAAGAAAAAAAUGCUCGUAACGGGAUGAACGUUGUGUCAGAUGUAACGUUCGAAUUAACUGGUAAGUGAUCAUCGCUCCUCUCUGUAAUUUAUCUAAAUCCGAAAUUCUUGCAGGGUAUAUCGCCUGAAAAGAAUACAUUUCUUCCCAAGUUGCUUCGUGAAACAAUACGGGCGCGGCCCUUACAUGCCGGAAGCGAUGUCGUGGGAAGCGGAUCUUUACUGGAACAUUAGUCCCUCAUGAUACAAAAAGAUAAUGUUAUUUUUUAUUAAAUGCUGUGAGUGUGUAUGUCACAUUGUAUCGACGCUAUUUAAUAUCCGCCGUGUAGUUAGCGUAAUUUUUUUGAAAUUGAAAAAAAAAAAUAUAUAGUAAGUUGCCUCUUUCUCUCUGUUAAAUAAUCUCCGUUCGGAUAUCCGCGAAUUGUGAGCAUUAAUAUGCGCCGACAUAUACAAACGAUUCGUGAUUACUGCUCUAAAAGCGUAUUAUAAUGUACAUGCUUGAGACAUUAGUAUUCGAAUGGGCGGUAUAACAAUUGAGAUGUAUGUACAUAUAUAAGUUCCAAGCGGAUCAUAUAGAAUCACUCCCGAAAGCACGUACGCGUACUGAAACAUACUUAGGGUAUGAUUCAAGCUUUGGAUAUAAAGUAUCAGGAACAUAUCCCUUUUUCAACAUCACGAUGUGUACAUCUAGUUAAAACCACUAUCGUGUCCUAUAUGAAUUAUCUCAUAUUUAUAGCUAUUUUAGUUUUACUUCUACUUUUUUAAUUUUUCGCUUCUGUUCCUCGAAAGAAACCAGUGAUUAUCGUUAAUUUAAAGCAAUGCCGAUAUUGACAAAAGUGAUUCUUGACAUUGAGAGAGACAAAGAGAAACAAUUGUUGGGACGUGUGCAGUUGGAACAGUGAAAAUGCUGAUCAGAUAGUUUCUCACACUACAAUAUACAUAUUUGUCCGUUUGAAUAAUCUAAUUUUCGCUGUGAAUGGCGUGCUAAUUGGAAUGUGUCUAGGUACUAGUUAUCGAUUCUGAGAAUCGACAAAUAAUUUAACAAUAAUUUAUUACUAUAACACCUACGAAUAUUUACGUUUAUGAGAUUAUAUAACGAAUACGAAUUAACUAAUUUAUUUUACUCCGUACUAUAUACUGUGAAACGUAAUUGCAAAGAUAAUCGUUCUUGCCAAUGUUAUAGUUUUAUGGAGGUACGCUGUUCUUUUCUCCUUAGCGCAUGUUAAUCGUGAUGAUGUAUGUGAGAGUGCAAGCAAGUAAAAAAAAACGAAUCACGCAAUAUUUGCCAUUGAUUAAUAAAGAAAGACUUAUAAAGGGCACUGCAGAAAAAAAUAAUAAAUAUGAUAUUAUCCAUCUGA